AUGGAAAUAACCCCUGAAAUUGUAGUUGGCUUUGAUAAUGAGGCAAAAGCAUUAAUUAAUCGACUCAUACGAGGAUCCCAGUUGGAAAUUAUUCCCAUCGUGGGAAUGCCUGGACUUGGUAAGACGACUUUGGCUAAAAAAGUUUACAAUACUCUUUCUAGUCAGCGCCAAUUUCACAUCCAACUUUGGUGUACUGUUUCUCAAGCAUAUAGCGUGAAAGAUUUGUUACUUCAACUUUUGUGCUCUGAUGGAGAACACUCUAGAAAAAAUGAAGAGCUCAGAAAUCUAGAUGAAGAGGAAUUGCUUGAUAAGCUCCGUAAAAAGUUGUUGGGAAAUAAAUAUCUCGUUGUUUUUGAUGAUGUCUGGGAUGACAGGGUAUGGAAUGACUUGAGACUUUCAUUCCAAGGUGCCACGAAAGGAAGUAAAAUCCUCCUCACAAGUCGAAAUUCUAAUGUGGCUUCACAGAUUGAAUAUGGCGGGGAACCUCACAAUCUUCGCCUACUCACUGAUACACUGAGUUGGGAGUUACUGCAGAAGAAGGUGUUUGGAGAAAAGGAAUGUCCUGAAGGACUGGUUAAAAUUGGGAAGCAAAUUGCCAAAAAUUGCAAGGGAUUACCUUUUUCAGUUGUUAUCAUUUCUGGAAUUCUUGCAACUAAAGAAUAUGAGCGUUGGGAUGAAGUGGCUGUUUAUGACACAGAUGAGUGCAUGAAUAUAUUAGAGCUGAGUUACACGCAUCUACCACCAUGCAAAAAGAUUGGAGCAUUUAGCAGAAGAAUACAUGAUGGACCUAAUUGGCAGAAAUUUAGUUAUGGUGGCCAAACAUAG